AUGGCUCAAAAAAACGUCAUCGCAAAAUGGCUGGAGAGUCAUGUUGUUCAAUUGCUCUCUUGGGCUGAUAUUGCAAUCAAACAUGACGAUAUCGAUUUUGACAAGACUGUAGUUUCUCACCUCAAGCAAAAGUGCGGGUGGAUUAUACUACUGCAAGGUUUACUGGAUAAAUGGGGUACCCGCGACAAAGAUAGUACUCGAAGCAGAACCAUCAUAAAUAAAGGUUCCAUCUGUUUGAUUAAUAUUCCAGAUGCUUUGAGGAGCCAAAUCGCGCUUGCUUGUGAAGACUUUGAAGUUGAGCUUCGCGCAAGCAAGCAACCGUCAAGAUCUACCGACAGUGGCUCGAAGUCGAAAAAACAUGGGCGCAACAAUUCUCAGGCCAAUACUCAAAAGCCAGCACCUGAAGUGCAGGGCGAAAAGACUUCCGGCUCAACUCUUCCCAGGACUCCAAUGAAGCUUAGGAAAAGAGAUGCUAGUUCGAUUCCAGAGGAAUCUCAAUACAUCACAAAAAGAAGAAAGCUCACUCGCGAUGCGACCUUCUCACCAGAACCACAGGGCAAGGAAACUCACGAUCCAAUUCUUCCUAAAGCACAUACCAAGCGUAAGAUCAGAGACCCCGAUUUUGACACAGAGGUAUCUCAAUCUGCCACCAAGAAAAGAAAGGUUAAUCCUGAUUCGACUUAUUCACCCGAUCCCCUCUCGUGCACUCAUCAUCAAUCUUUUCACAUCAUCGAAGAUAGCCAAGAUGAAAAUACGCAAACGGCCAGCGAGAAUGGUCAAACUACUCCUCGUGUUCAGUCGCCAACAUCUGUUCGCAAGGGAAGACUAUCACAAAGAUGUGAUUAUUGUCGACGAAGAAAGGUGGCAUGUAAUGGCGCUCGUCCUGCUUGCUCCAAUUGUACGAAGAAGGGCUUGCAAAGUAGUUGUUCAUAUGAAGACGCACCAGCAUUAUCCGAAUCUCGUGAAAAGCGUUUGAGCUUCAGUGAACCGGCUCAUCAUGUUGAAGAUGACACGACAGAUGAAAAAACACGAUGCAUCUGCAAGAAUGCCCAGACCUAUACCGACUGGGUUCAAUGCAAAAACUGUAGUGUAUGGCAGCAUUGCAUUUGCGUUGGAGUGGGAAUUACAGAAGCAAAGAAUAUAGAAUUUUCGUGCAAAGAAUGCAGCACCAAAGCCCCUUAUGAGGAGCACAUUGAGAAGGAGCACAUUGAGAAGGAGCCAUUGUCGAAAAGCAGCGAGAUUUGCGAUAAGCCAGGAUAUGGAUCACAAACCGACAGUGUAUUGCUUGCUUUGGCGAAAGAGGAUGUCUCACGUCUGCGAGAGAUUGUCGAAGAAAGCAAUUUGGAAGUGGUCGAAUUAAAAGAGAGUCUACAGGUCACAUCAAUGGAUGCACGGCGUCUAAGGUCAAACUUGGCGCAAUUGGGAAAGAAUUCUCCCGAGUAUGUUCUUGAUAAAAAAGAUCAAGAGAUUAAAGCCUUGAGGAAGGAACUGGAGACUCGCAGGUUCUUAUCAAGGUUUACACAGCUCGGUGACACAUCCGACGAGACCUUCAAAUAUGACAGUGUUCAAAAUUUGGUUGAUGUGUUUGGUACAAUUGAUCAACUACCAUUCGAUGAAGUUCCAGUAAUUGUCCCUCCCGGGCUGGAUCAUUACCAGGAGCUCGAAAAGAUCAUUCUUGAUACUUUCGGUCAAGACGAAACACUCCGACAAACAGCUGAAGACCUUGGAGCCAGCCUUUCAUCCAUGAAGACACACGUGGUCUUCAGAGCUUUAACAGCAAGCUUCCUGAAACUUUGGGUAUUCGAGUCCGAUUUUCCGCAACUUGAGGGCUCAUCCUCAGACUACGUAAAGAGCAUCCGAAAAAAAAUGACAGCUGCAGACGGACCUAAAGCAAUGAGAAAUCUUGAUUUGGCUGCACGUUAUGAUGUAAUCUCGAGUGAAAAGUUCAAACACCAAUACAUAUACCCCGAAGCCGAGCGUCUAGCUAUAAAAUACUCCGAAAUUAUGGAACCACUAUUCGCCAAGAAUCCUGGUAGCGAGAUUUUCAAGAAUUGGGAUGGAUUCUCAACUUGGAAUGAUGAUAAGGAGACAUGGCAAGAUCGUCAAUCUCGACUCAUUGGAAUGUUUCGGGUGGCCUUGAAAAGCAAAGCAGAUUCCACAUUGAAUUUUAGGGAUUAUGAGUUGGUUGCGUUUGUACCAGGUACUCCAUAUGACCCUAAAUCUAUGUUCAACGAAGACGCUCUGUAUAGAAAGCCUGGCGGCAACAACAGCGAUUGGGUUGUCGAAUUUUGCAUUCAGCCGGCAAUCUAUGUACACGAAAAGGAGAGAACAGAUGAUUUCAUUAGCUCCCAAAGCUUUGUGCGCAAGACUGUACGAAGCGGAAUCGGUCUGACACCAUCUGUUAAAGCUGAGGUGCUUUUACGACCAAAGAAUGGUGGCUCUUAG